UCCGAUGUGGCGCUGCUCAUGCGGAAUCAUUCGGCGUCUGGCUAACCCGGCAAGCCCUAUCAACAGCUCGAGGCCCGGAACCCUCACCUCCGCCUCCUCUCCCAGCGAUGGCUUCCGCCGCCAUGGCCGCCUCUUCCAGAGCCUUGUUCCGUCCGCAUCGCCUCCUCCUCCUCCCUGACCCUCGCCGCCGCCGCCACCUCUCCGCCAGUGCUUUGGCUUCAGCAAACGCCGCAGCCACGACCGUCCGGCGCGGAGUAGUGGACGUUCUCCGGGAGCGCGGGCUCGUGGAGGCUACCACCUCCGAGGCGCUCGGUUCUUCCUCGGCAGCUUCAGGGGAGCAGCAGAAGCUCAAGGUUUACUGCGGCUUCGACCCCACGGCCGAGAGCCUGCAUCUCGGCAACCUCCUCGGCCUUGUCGCGCUCUCCUGGUUCCGUCGUUGCGGCCACACCGCCGUCGCGCUCGUCGGCGGAGCGACCGGCCGCAUAGGAGAUCCCUCCGGAAAAAGCGCCGAGCGCCCUGAGCUAGACCUCGCCGCCGUGGUCGCCAACUCUGACGCGAUCAAGUCGCUCAUCGCUCAGAUCCUCACCCGCGCCCCCGAGCCAUCUCAUCUCGCCCAAUCUGGUAAAGAAGCGAUUUUGGACAAACAUGAAGAUGCUCUUGCCAAUUCUGACCAGGAUUUAUCAGAGAAAUCGGGCAAUGUGGGGGAAAGUAUGGGUUCCUUCGUUAUCUUGGAUAACUACGACUGGUGGAAAGACAUCACAUUGCUUGAUUUCCUCAAGGAGGUGGGCAAGUUCGCGCGUGUUGGGACGAUGAUUGCCAAGGAGAGUGUGAAGAAGCGACUCAAUUCAGAGGAUGGUAUGAGCUACACUGAGUUCACCUACCAGCUUCUCCAGGGCUAUGACUUCCUGUACAUGUUCAAGAACAUGGGUGUCAAUGUGCAGAUUGGGGGUAGUGAUCAGUGGGGAAACAUCACCGCAGGUACCGACUUGAUCCGGAAAAUUCUCCAGGUUGAGGGAGCGCACGGUCUGACAUUCCCACUCUUGCUGAAGAGCGAUGGAACCAAAUUUGGGAAGACAGAAGAUGGGGCGAUUUGGCUCUCACCAAAGAUGCUCUCCCCUUACAAGUUCUACCAGUACUUUUUCUCAGUCCCGGAUGUUGAUGUCGUAAGGUUUAUGAAAAUCCUUACAUUUUUGAGCUUGGGUGAGAUUCAUGAGUUGGAAGAAUCGAUGAAGAAACCCGGCUAUGUGCCAAACACGGUUCAAAGGAGGCUUGCAGAAGAGGUGACACGCUUCGUCCAUGGCCAGGAGGGAGUGGAGGAGGCCUUGAAGGCAACUGAGGCCUUGCGGCCUGGGGCACAGACACAGUUGGACUCACAAACAAUUGAGGGAAUAGCAGAUGAUGUACCGUCUUGUUCCUUACCAUACGACCAAGUAUUGAAGUCUCCCCUGGUUGAUCUGGCUGCCUCUACAGGUUUACUUGCAAGCAAGUCAGCGGUUAGGCGGCUUAUAAAGCAGGGUGGUCUAUACUUGAAUAACAAGAAGAUCGAUAGUGAGGAUAAGUUGGUCGAGGAAGGUGAUAUAGUUGACGGGAAGGUGCUGCUGCUAUCUGCCGGAAAGAAGAACAAGAUGGUUGUGCGGAUAUCUUAACUGUUCUGAUAUGUUUGUGUCUAAUUUUUUGCUGGCGAGGAGAAAAAGUAACAGCAUGAGCCUUGUACUCAGAUUAGCUGCCCGUGAACAUACACAUUGCUUUACUGGAAAUGCUACACCAAUAAUUUGGUCAGGAUAUUUGGCUUGCUGAUGGCUGCUGUGAGCGGCAUUGCCCCUUGUACUGGUCAUUUUGCUUUAGUAUAUCACGCGUUUGCUAUUUGUUUGUAA